GAAAUGCGUUAAAGCACUUCCUGUCUUGUUUGAGAUUGAUUCGUUGGGUCGUGGUGUGUUCAGCAUCUCGAAAUGUCUCAUACAAUCUUGCUUGUCCAGCCCACCAAGAGGCCAGAAGGAAGAACAUAUGCAGACUAUGAAUCUGUGAAUGAAUGUAUGGAAGGCGUCUGUAAGAUGUAUGAAGAACAUCUGAAGCGAAUGAAUCCGAACAGUCCAUCCAUUACAUAUGACAUCAGUCAGCUGUUCGACUUCAUUGACGAUCUGGCCGACCUCAGCUGUCUGGUAUACCGCGCAGACACGCAGACUUACCAGCCCUACAAUAAAGACUGGAUCAAGGAGAAGAUCUAUGUCCUACUGCGCCGGCAGGCCCAGCAGGCAGGAAAGUAAUGGCGUGAUAGAAGACCUCGUGUACAGAAGGAUGAUGCGGGAGUUUUGUUUUUUGUAAUAUAGUGAUUUGUCUUUUGUUUCAACUCUACGGGACAGUGUGUUUUGUGAAACAUGUUAUCUUUCAUAAUAAUAAUAUAUACACACUGGCUUAUGCUCCGGCCAGAGGUGACCCCAAUGCGUUAUAGCUAAACAUUCAGUACACUCUUUCCCCGAUCACCUGUAGCUGCACUCGUGUGGGGCAGAUGGGUCUGUGCUUUACGUUUCAGUCCCACACUUCUGGCAGAUGGAACAUGUUAGAGCCUUAUGAUUUUAGAGGGAAUAAAUCAUUAAAAAAAAAAAAA